AAUUUGAAACCCAAGCCGGAAGAGUGUCAUCGGGAUUUGUGUAUUGGCAACAGAUGUACGCGUCUGGGGGACACCGAACAAGGAUAUUUCAUUAUUACAGAGUUGUGUGCUCGUUAAAUGUUCGUUAUAUUUGUUUCCGACUAAUUCAGUCGACAGUGUUUUUAAGAUGAGCGUGCUGCGUUGAACGCGAGUAAAUCAUUCGUGACAGAGUCAAAGCGCAAGCGAGAAUCUGUUUCACAAACAGGGUCACUGCAGAUUUCAGAAUCUUAUCACAUUGGCCAUUUGCUGACCAGAUUCUGACAUCUGUUUACCAUGAGGUUUGCAGUGGCACUCCGAGCUGUUGCUUUGGUUCUUCUGUUGGGCUUUACUUGGCUUCUAGCAAAUUCUAUGCUAGGAGGGGAUGGGAACUCCUUGAUACGAAUGCUGUUCAGUGGUGGACAAGAAGAGCCCACUCCAGAACCUCGACCACGAAAGUACAAAUGUGGCCUGUCUGCACCAUGUCCCCUUAAACAUCUCGCGUUCCGGCUGACCUCUGGUGCUGCCAAUGUCAUCGGCCCCAAAAUCUGUCUGGAGGAUAAAAUUCUUGUCAGCAGUGCUAAAAACAAUGUUGGCAGAGGGCUCAAUAUUGCCUUAGUAAAUGGGGUUAAUGGAGAUGUUUUGGAAAUAAAAGCAUUUGAUAUGUGGGCAGGAGAUGUUUCAGAGCUGCUCAAGUUUCUUCGUCCGCUCCAUGAAGGAACGCUCAUAUUUGUUGCUUCUUUUGAUGACCCGGCCACCAAGUUAAAUGAUGAGGCUCGGCGGCUGUUUGAGGAGCUGGGGAGCACAGCAGCAAAAGAACUGAGCUUCAGGGACAGCUGGGUGUUUGUUGGAGCCAAAGGAAUAGAAAAUAAGAGCCCAUUUGAACAGCGAAUGAAGAACAGUAAAAGCAGUAAUAAAUAUGAAGGCUGGCCCGAGUCUCUGGAGAUGGAUGGCUGCGUUCCUCUGCGCUCUCCUUUAGAAACUUAAGGCCUCAUGGGUGCUUUGAACUGUACAAACACUUCUAACAUGAGGAUCAAGGAGCAUGACGUGCAAGUACAACUCAGCUGCUUAAAGGUUUUACUCAUUUGAAGUGGAUUUUCCUUGUAGAGCCAGCUGCCUCUUUUCAAGGCGAAGAAACAAAUUGAACUGAAAAUAUAACUGGAAGUUGUCUGGUCCGGUGGAAUUACAAUUGUUGUGAUUUGACAAAAGAAGAAUUGUUUUUAUGAAGAAAAAAAUACAGGCAUAUUAAAUAUUUUUAACAAUAUUUAAAUAGUAUGUUUAGAAAGGUUCUCUCUCUCUUUAUAUAUAAAUACAGUUUAAAAUGUGUGAAGUUGAGGCUCUUAUACAAAUCUGUGCCCAGCAGUUGUUCUGAAGGAUGCCAUUAUUAUACAUUUACGUUCAAAGACAGAUUAUUAUAUACACAUUAAAGAAUGUCUACUAAAAAUAGUCACCUAUUUGUAAUCCAUACUUAUAAUAAGAUCAGUUUUGUAAGACUCAUCUAAAUUAAGUUGCACCUAUGUUCUUCCAUAUGUAAUUGUUCUUUGUAAAAUGAUGCACUGAUGAAAUGCACUGCAUAGACAACCCAAGCAUAAAGGUUAUUCAUGUAGUUUUAUUUAGGACAGCCUUUUUUGGGAGGAUUACGUUUGUCUUAUCUUAUAAUAAAC